AUGGUUUCCAUUGUCGUGGAAUCCCAAACGCUUUCGGAUGACGUCAUCGUUGGGCGUUCUUCAGUUGUAGAAAACUCUGUGCUUCUUACAGAGGCAACUGAAGGUAAACCUAUUGUGUUGUUCGACUCCUCAGGGAAAAUGUUUUGUGUUAUUACGCUGAAAUUACCGAUAAUGUGCGAAUUUGUGUCAGUUGAUAAUGAAGAAGGUAUCAAAGAACCUGACUGGGAAGUCAAUGGAGUGUUAAUUAUCGUCCCAGUUGAAAUAGCUGACGAAGAGUUCCCUGAAUCGAAUAAAGUCAAUAAAACAAAUAGAGUUGUCCAAGCAUUUUCAAAAGUUGAGAAAAGGGAGAGAAAAUGUUUACUGUAAAUUGAAUGACACUUGCUGUAGUUUCGCCUCCCUUUUGAACACACCGUCCAUCUUGAAGAAGCCAAUAAAGACAUAAUCCAAAAACUCGUCAAACAGGAAAAAUUCUUUAUUAUCCACAAGAAGACCUCAAGAAACGUCAAAGAAAUUCUAAAACCAGAUGAUGAAAGUAAGGAAUACUUAUUUGCCGCAAAUAAUUCACCAAGUCCUUUUAAGCAGGACUGCGUAAUGUAAUAUACGGAAAUUGUCUUUUUCCGUACCAUGCCGGAGAUGCACAAACUGUGUAACAAUCUGUGUCCAGCUUUAGAUAUUCCAGGAGGUGCCGAUAAAGUUUGAUGAUUAACUCUUAUCUGUAUUUUUUUCGCAGUUGACAGGUACUUUGGUUUAGACAGCGAUUCAUGAACAUCAAUAAUUUGACUGUCUUUCGGUUUCACAGGAAGUUGAAAGCGUUGGCUCGACAACGUUCUGUUCUGAGCCUUAUCUGAAAGACAAUUAUAAACAGCACAAUCAAUGGUACUCGGCUCAAGAAUUUGCCAGAAAAGUUUUACCUCAUUACUACUCUAAUGCCUGAUGGUUUAAAAUUAAAGUUAUUUGUUUUACGGAACUAACAAUUGUACAUAUUAACCAAGGUCAAUUGCUUUCGAACCGUUAAGUCUGUACCCCUUGCUUGGAUGAACAAUACUUGCCCAAGCUAAUUUAUGUAGGAUUCAAAUACCUCAUGGCCUCUGUAUCAGAUGCCAUUGUAGUUCAUGAAUGGUUUUGCGAACUUCUUGUGAGAAGUACAUGUAAACGGGUUCAAUGGAAGUCAUCUCAAUAACUUAUGUAAUGACUCAGGCAGUCCAAUUUAGUUACCAUAAACUAGUGCGAAGCCUCAAGUUCUAAGUGACUGCAAUAUAGAUAAUUUCUUUUCCCACCUGUCUCAAAAGUUAUUGAAACGGUAAAGGAUGUCUUCUCGUCUGUCUGCUUCGCCCGCCGCAACGUAAACAGACCCAAGUCGAUAAAUAGUCCCUUGAAUUUUGUUCAAUGUAGAAGGAAAUUAUCAAAAUGCCCAGCCACAGAAAAACGUGUUGUUACGAGUUUUUGAAAAUGUUUUAAUCAAAAUCUGCUUUGCACGAAAUUUAUGCGAAUAAAUAUCAAAGCACCGCAAGCGGUUUGUGGCUAAACAUCACUCAGAAAAUACAGAGGGAAAAAUCGUUUUCUAAUAGUCGUCGUUGUUGCAGUUUGCUUCGUAAACGGGUCAUGCAUGACUAUAAAAUGCCAUAAUAAAUGAGUUCAUCACUAUUAAUACAUAUUUUGUAACAUUAAAAAAACAUGAUCAAUUUCGUAAGGAUGAAAUUCCGUUCUAUUUGACGUAAAUUUCGUAUUAUUUUUAUUCAUGCAAGAUGAAUGGCUGGCAAAUAACUCAGCGCCGUUUAUUCUAUGCGAGUUUGAGUCAGCAGUUUGACAUGCACAUAUUUCGCUUGUCAAAACGUUUUGAGGACUGAAGCCUUUCAGAUUCUGACUUUCAGUUGAAUUUAAGAAGCAUCGAGAAAGAUCGUUGAAACUCAGAGUAAAUAAAAUCAAGUGUGACGAUAGACACGAGCUAAGGAACAGAAUUUGCAUAAUAAGAAUUUUCGCCGUUUUGUUUCAAGCCAUCAUUAAAAAAUAAAGCAGGAAAAACUAGCCUUAAUUUUCGUGUCGUGGGAGUUUUUGAGAAGAUAAACCACGAAUUUAAAUUAAAAUGCAUGGCUGGUAGGCUAUUAUCACUAGAACUACUUCGCAAAAAUAGACGGAUAGCAAAUUCAUGUUGAAUUUCCAGCCUAGAAAGAAGUUAAAUGUGCGAAUAGCAAGAUCAUUCAUAAGAGGAAGCCAAAUGUAAUUCAUCUCGGCAGUUGAAAAGGAAGACGAAACAAUUAGGAAGCGAAGUGAUUUCCUUAUCUCGAAAUGCAAAUGCAAAAUAUUAAAGUUGUUCUGAAACCAGAAAAGAAUCUUUCCUAUUUAAAUGGUCAAUUUCACAUUUAACUGUGAUUGAAUUCAAGCCGUUUUAUUUUUCAUUUUUAUAAAGUAGACCCGCCUGCGAUAAUUAAUAAAUCUCCUGUCUGUCUGGCGAACGCUCUAUUUUCUACGUUAGGUUCAGUUGGGUAAAAAUUAAAACGCGUGUUUUCUCACGAUUGAAUCUUCAAAUUAUUUCGGUACCAGCUAAAAAAUACACGUAUUUACGUUACUGACCGCAUGGUUUACAGUUCUAUUGGCUCAGAUCACUCAGUCUUCCUGCUUCCAAUACACUAGCUAAAUUUAUACAAACGGCACAAUAGAACGCUAAAUAAUAGGAACACGCAACAUAAAAUCCUACCGGAAAACUUGAGCAUCAGAUAUAGUAGAAACAUUAUGAAGCAUUGAGUCUUGUUGAAGACGGCAUUAUCCCGUCGCUUUAAUCAUUUGAAGAUUCGAAGAUUAAGUAAAAUCAACCUCCAACUUUAGACAGGGGUCUCGUCUUUUAUGCCCCGAGAUCUGCAUAGGUAGGGGUAUCGACAGGUCGUUUUAGCAGUUUGCUUUGUAUAUUUGCUAUGGUUUUCGGUUUGAUUGACGUCGAUGCAUUAUUAUAUAGACCGCACUUUACUGGUGAAGACAGGUACCUGUAACCAUGGAAACGACAAUGAAAUAAAGGUAUGCCUCGAUCUAGUAAUAUACCAGCGAAAAACGAAGUCAUAUAUAACGCUUUCAUCAUAAUCACAUAAGAUGUUAAUUUUAUAUUUGUUUUAUCAAGAUCUGUUGGACGUUACUUUAUUUUUUAGGGGGCUUUAUGGGAUAACUGUUUACAUUUUUUUCCCACCACCUGCGUUCCAAGGAGACAAUUACAAUUCCUUCAAACAAAAUGAAAAACUAAUGCUGUUGAUGAUCUACUGUUUCUACAAAUUUAUUCCAACGUAAAACAAAACAGCUAGACCAUUAAAAAAAAGAUAAAAGAAAUUAGCUACUGAAGAGGUUUUUUCAUACAAUAUACCCGGAUCGCUAAAAUGACUUGAAACCGGCAGGCAUCCUUCUUGAUCUUUGCGUGUUUAAUAUCCAUCGAUUUAGAUUUUUCUGAGUUUAUUAUGGACGAUAUUGAUGUGGCGAGGUGUCGAUGGAUGUGAUGACAAAACGUGACGCUGGAUAUUACUCGCACAGGACUCAGAGUUUUGUUCCAGCUCUCUUGGUGAGACCCAAUGGGACAGAUCAUGAUCGUUCUCAAAUAAUAACAUAAAUGGAGUAUUUUUCGUUUACAGAUCAUUAUCUACCUGAUAAAAGUUUUCAGACGGAUAGUGUUUUACGAAAACGGAUGAUAUGAGUCGCUAAGUAUGACUUGACAGAAAAAAAUGCAUAAAAACACCUCCUAUACCACGGAAGGUUCGAACCGUGAAUGACGAGCGUACUGUAAAAAGUUAAGUGAUAAGAAAAUCUGCUUCUGAGCGAGUCGAAACGAAAAGGACCAAAAUGAUAUGUGCUAGUUUUUUCUAACUUAGCUUAAUUUGUUUUUGUUUUUGUUAUACCUUAAAUUAAAUGUCAACUGGCCCCUCUACCCUACCCCCUUGAGUAGUGACUUUUCUUCUAAAUUCAAUGACCAAUGACCAAUUAUCAAGACACUUAAAUACUGAAUGUUGGGAGAUUGAAGAGCGAACGGUAACCUGUCAGAUGGGUACAUGGUAAAAACUCGGUAAAGGAGAGAUUGUUACAAUGCCCAAUAUCAUACGGAACGCAUCUCUGUGGCUUUUCAGAGCUAUCGGAAUUAUUCCUGGUAUAUUACGGAAAUCCAAAUCCGAAACUCAACCAUGUGGAGAGUGUGUCGCUUGCCGCUUCUUUGUCCACGUGUUUUUGGCCAUUUAUAAGAAUUGUAUUACAAAGGGAAUCAGGAAUCUGAAAGGGAAUAAAUCAUGUAGGCUAGCCUGCAUGUACACAGACCUUGUUUUAUUUUUCUUUUCGUUCUUUUCGGAGACAUCGGUCAAUAAAUCCCCUGCGGUUUAUAUUUUAUCACGCGCGCUCGACGGACUUUGAAGAGAAAAAAGAGGGUGUGAUGUAAGCACAUACAUAAUAAAAUAUCAUAUAUGAAGCAUCUUCCCUUAACGCUGGCAAAAACUGACCGAUUAACAGUAAUGAAGGCUCAGUAAACACAACUUCACUCGACAACGACGCGACAACUCCGGUUUUCUCCAGUUUUCUAUCGAACUAAAGGUCUGCUGUAUUGAAGGGUAAGUAUUUAUAAAUGGAUAGAACUGUAGUUCAUUCACAUUUAUUGGUCCCCUCUUAUUUCGCUUGUUUACCCUUUCUUAUUUAAACUCAGCCCGGCCCCGAGUUGGGAGAUCGAUCAGGGUUUGAUGAUUCAUGUUGGCACUCUUUUAUACACAUUUUAUUCACUGGAGUAUUUCGAUAAACUAUUGUCCCUAACACAAGAACGUAGCUAUUUGUUCAAACAGUACUGGUUUGUUGUAUGUUGUUAUUUGGCUCGUGUGAAAUAGUGACAGCUAAGUGUCGAUGUAGACAUUUUUUUGGUGCUCGAUAGAAGCUGAAAUGAUAAAAAUUAAUCGGUUGACUUCUUGUGAUUGUCGCUUUUGAUCCUUGUUGUAAAAUAAAGUGAUCGGUUUUAGCGAUUUUGAAACAAAAUGUGUGAAGGUUGCAUUGCAUCAGUUGGUUUACUCAUGUUUGGAAAUAACAGAAGUGAGUGUAUUACGUUGUUUCGUCACCGGAACAACCCAAAUACAAAAGUGAGCAGAUGUUACUUUCAGUACUUAAAAAAAGGAUUGUCGCUGCCACAAUUCGUUCCUCCUCCUUUUCAGUUGAUUGUUGAUGCUUUCUGAGAAGAUUGUCACUAGUUUUCAGUGUCAUAUGUCACUUGUUGCUUCUAUCCUUUUGAGGGCCUCAACAGUUGUCUUCCCUGAAUAGAGGUUGAGCUGGAAGUUGUUAACAAUUAUUAGAGAGUUUUAGAUCUGAGUUUAACGCGAACCUCUAACCCCUGGAGGUCACGUGACAAGUCUUUUGCAUCACGUUUGAGGUUUACGACGUGCGUUUUCAACUUGGGGAGGUAGGUUUUCACAUAUGUCAUUUACCUGAAAGCUUUUAGGCUAUAAUUCGAUCUUGUUUCAUUCCACGUAAUGAUACAAAAAUCUAGUGGAGCAAGUCUUCAUGCAUUAACAGAGGCACAAUUUCGGGCGAAAUGCUAAAUUUUAUAAAUCCUAUUGGAUCUUGAAAACAAGUGCCAUUCAUGGUUGCUGAUUUAAAAUGGUGGCCGCAAACCGCAGUUAGAGGUUUGUGGUAAACUCGGAUCUAAAACUCUCUAUUACUGCCAAAUUCACUGUAUUGCGCUGUGCAUUUUGCAAACUUCCAAGAAACAAAAAAAAAUCCCUUAGAAGUUUGCAAAAUGUGUCGCUCAAUACAAUGAAUUUAGCAGUAACCAACAAAGACAAAUUUUUUUUGUUCUGUCAUUUGUUAUCUAGCAUCUAGUUAAUACAUGAAAAAAUCAUGAUUAACUCAUUCCUGACCUGCAGUAUUGUGUUUUGAACUCCCACAAGUGCAGUACAUUGAUUUAUGUAAGAUAGCUCAUAACAGUUAACUGGAGUAGACUUAUAACUACUAUUAAAAUAAUAAUUAUUAUUGUUUAAAUAGUACACUACUCAAUAAUAAUAAUUGAUUAUAAUUAUUAAGUUGCAUGCUGUGAUUGGUCCAGGACUACUUCAUUUCCCCCUAUUAUAAUCACUUAUUAAAUAACUAAGAUAGUACGCAUACUCUGAUUGGCUGAGAGGCAUGUUUGCUUGAAAGUAUGUAAACAUGGCUGUCACAUCAAGAUGUUUUGCUUACACGCUAAUCACGUGGCAAGCACAAGUUUGAAAAAGGUUUUGAGUUGAGAACUCAGUAAGUUCCUAAAUGAUACUUGGAAAAUCUUUACAAACAUGCUGUGUCAAUUUUUUUUCAUUUAAGCUGACAUUUUAAGCUAGAAAAAUCCAUACUGGAGAAAGCGUCUUUUUUUUUGCCAAACACAAAAUAAUUAUAGGUACAGCACUUCAUGACUGGUAAGAAUUUUCUUUUAGUCAGUGCCAUAAACAAAGGGUUUAAUUUUUUCUCAGGAAAGUUAUUUUAUAAAAGCAAUAGAAAACGUUUUUCCUGUGGCCUUUGUGUACAAAAUGAUGUGCCAACUGUGAACAGUGGCUUCACUGCCACGUGGACAUUUUACAAGACAGAUUUCUGCAUUUUGUCCUCAAAAAUGCCAUACUGAUGGCAUAAAUCUCUCCUGAAUCUGGUCAGCAGCUCUGAUUGGUUGACAAAAUGUUUAGAAGUUACAGACAAAAGACAUAGGGUCACAAAGAUAAAAAGGUGCUUAAUAAUUUUUUACCAAAAAACACUCAUUUCCUGGGACUUUAUUUGCUUUACUAUAAAGGAUGUUUUCCUUUUACUGUCAUCAAAUUUGCUGGAAAACUCAAAACUUUUACAACAAUUCACAAGAAGCAAAAACCCAAACAAAUUUACCUCAGAAAUCACAUGACUGUUAGAUGUAUAUAAAAAAUUUCUUAACAUUGAUUUACAUUGAUCAUCAGUAUGGAAUGGAGAUGUCGCUCACAAAAUAUCCCAGCAAUGGGGAGCGAUAAGAGGCAGCUGUAUUAGCACCCGUCCAUUAGUUAAUUAAUAACUGGCUCUAAUAAUAUAUUUAUUGCAAUAUUAAUAAAAGUAAUAAUUUCACUUUGUAAGAUCAGCUUGAAAAACAGAUUUCAAUCCCUAAGGGUGUUCUCUGGCAGAGCCUGGUGGCCCCUGCCAUCUAACUUUUGCUCCCUGGUGACCAGAAAAUCUUAGUUUUUUCAUAGAAAUCAUAUGCUGAGUACCUUGGAUUUCACAGAUUCAAAGCACUCGGCUCCGUUCAAUCUUUCUUAGAGCACAACCUUGGAUCCAGAUGAAUUUACCGGUAUUAUGAACUUAAACAAUUUGUCUUACAGUACUGUCUUCUGUGAUUUGAAUUCCCACAGAAAACUUCAUUUGCCUGUUGGGCAAGUUAAGAGGAGAAUUCACUAGCCCAAUCACAAAAUCCUUGGACUUUCAGCCUUGGGCUAUUAGACACACCUUUCUUUGCAUGCUGAGGUGUCUCUGAGGCCUAGGGAUAAAAAUAAUUUGCUCUUUGCUACAAACUGUACUUACUAUUUAUUGUUAUUAUUCUGUCAGUAACAUAUAACUGCUGUUUUCCCUUUUUGGAAUUUAUUAGUAGCAAUUACUUGGGUUUCUGUUCUUUAAAUUAUGGUGAAAGCAAUAUAAUAAUAAUAGUCAACUGUCACUUUUGCGGACACCCUUCUGUAAUGGACUCUAGCUAAUGAGGACAUAAACUCAAGGUCCCUGAAGUGUCUGCAAUAAAAGGGAGUUGACUGUAAUAACGAUAAUAAUAAUAAUAAUAAUAGUAAUAAUAAUAAACAAUUAUUGGGCAAGGUUGAGCAAAAUAUUGUGAUUUGCCAGUGGUGAGCCGAUCAAUAAAUAUAAAUUGAUCUGUGAGACACUGAUAAAUCACGAUAUUUUGCUCAACCUUUUCCAAUAAUUGUUUUAUAAUUCGGUCACUGAGUUUGUUUGUUAAUGAAUGUCUGCCAUUUUGCCAUUUUUACACAAAAGUGAUUGCACGAAGGAGAAAAACAUGGUUUCAGUUACGCAUGAGCAGAAUAUUAUUUGCAGCCAAACACAAUGGAUGCCAGUGAAAAGGAAUAAUAAUAAUAACAAUAAUGAUAAUAAAUUUUAUUAUUAUUAUUAUUAUUAUUAUUAUUAUUAUUAUUAUUAUCAUUAUUAUUAUUAUUAUAGUCUUAUAUGGGGGUUCCAACUUUUUUAUCUGGAUGAAAUCUUAUGGUGUGACCAUUCAGUUGACACCUCUUCAGCAGCAUUUCCUAUAAUGGUACUGUACUAUUUAUUUAGUGUGUAGUUCUGACUUUUGAGUCUGUGGACGAAAUCCUGUGAUGUGUCCACUCAAGCAGCAUUUAGCAGUACUUUCACCAGUUACUGUUUGUUUUGCAACAUUUUACAAACUGAAAUAUUAUUUUGAUUUUUUGUCUAAUUUAGUCUUUUGCUUUUUCUGGGAGUGAAAGGGGUAAGUACUGGACACAAUUAUGCAUCAACGAAACGAGAAACCACCCUUGAUAGACCUUUUCUUCCUUUUCAUUAGCCGAGAGCCUACGACGUGCGUGUAAAUAACUGCCUUCAAAUAAUGGUCUGUUCAUGCGCAAUGUUGUCCAACUAUGUUUAGCUGCAAAUAAUAUUCUGCUCAUGCGUAAACGAAACCACGCUUUUCUCCUUCUUGCGAUCGCUCUUGCGUGAGAAAUGGCAGAUCGCUUCGCUUUCCGAAGAUAUUCAUUAAAAAACAAACUUGGUGAUCGAAUGAUAGAACAAUUAGUGAACUCGGUUAUCGCAAGAUAUCGUGAUUUGUCAGUGUCUCGCAGAUCAGUUAUUUGCCUCAGCCUCCGGCUCUGGCAAAUAAGUUAUCUGCUCGCCAUUGACAAAUCAUGAUAUUUUGCUUAACCUUGUCCAAUAAUUGUUAAUUAUCCGUUUUCAUCUAUUUGCAGGACAAGAUCAUGCAGACGAGAGGAUCAGAACCAGAUUUUUCUGAGCCCUGGCAUCUUAGCGAUGUUGUUCUUGUUGUCGAAGAAAGAAGAUUCCAUGUUCAUAAGGGCACAUUGUCCAUGUGGUCACCCGUGUUUGAAAAAAUGUUCUGCUCAGAAUUCAGAGAAAAGUCCUCCAGUGAAAUACCACUUCCUGGCAAAAAAGCUUCUGAAAUAAGGGAGAUGUUGCUAGUUGUAUAUCCAACAUCUAAGUCAAUUAACGAAGCGAACUUCCAUUUUCUACUCGUCUUGGCGAGGGAAUACCAGAUGGAACAGCUAACAGAACGCUGCGAAAGAUACCUGCUACAGAGAGAGAAAACGCCGCAUCAAGCCAUUGACUUCCUGGUUUUAGCCAACGAUUUUAUGAUGGAGGAACUGUGUAAGCAGUGUGUUGAAAUCGCCAAGCAUAUCUCAAUAGCUGAGCUACGACGCCACGAAAAGUAUGCGCUGGUUGCACCCGAAGAUGGAAAAAAAGUGGCUGAGAGACGAGUCGAGCUGCUGGAAAACAAGGUUUUGGGUGGUGAGCAAAAAGUAAAUUCAGUUAGAAAAGAAGUUCAAGAUGCAAGUAUUUGGGCUUUGAGAGAAGUGGCAAAAGUCCUCUAUCACAAGAAAAACCCUGAGGGAAGAAUCCAUCCACGUGCCCUGAAUGAUUGUGUAAAACUUGUCGAAGAAGUAGCACAAGAGAGCGACGAGAUGAAUGUUUUCUUACAGUUACUGCAACAGCGUCUUAGAAAUAUUUACGAUCCAUCCCGUACAGUGUAAAACCCGGGGGGUACUCCUGGGAACUCUUGGUAUGGGUGAGCCGCCCGAUUCUCCAAACCCUGACCCGACUAAAAUGCCAUUUUCGACACCCAUUUUCAGACCUGGCCUCUACUUACUUUGAUUAGAACACUUACAACAAGAUUUCUUAAAGUCCAUUUCGAAUUCGUAUAUUACUUUUUCUUUCUUAUUCAUCUGGAAUUGAAACGACAAGUACGUUACUACACUCCCGUAGUACCCUUGACAAAACCAUACCCGAUUCCAGAGCAAAAUUUGCAAACUCAUAUCCCCGUUUUCAGACCGAAACGGUUCAAAAACCCUACCCUUUGGGGCUGAAUAUACCUAUAUGGCUUAUAUAACGGAGUACUUCCCCGGGGGCUUAAACCGUCGGUCAGAGAGUCGCGACCAUUUUUCAGCAUUCUGUCAAUCUUUGUCAAUAAAAUGUGGAGAGAUAAUGAGACCACGCUGGAUCACCAAACGAUCGACAUACUCAAAGGAAUAAUCAUGGUGAUCACUUACAUUUCGAGAACAAGGGAACUUUUGAAGCGAAUGGGAGGA